UAUCGCCGCGCAAAGCGUGGCCGUGCGUAUGACCGGGGUAUAGAGCUUGGCUUUGACUCGUGCUUUGAGCUGACUGCGGUCAUAUCUCAUGUAAGUUAUACACCUAUUGGAGGCUGUUCGAUAGCGGUGGCAAGAUGAUCUGGAACGAUCUGAAGUGGCUGCUAUUGUGGCAAUGUCCCUCGCUUCUCGGCCGCCCGACAAAAACCGGCUCUCAGAUGAAAGUUCACCGAGAGUUCGAUGGGCAGGUGAGCAGGGGACAGUAAGAUCAGGGGUCACGUACCAUUCAAGAGUGACCGAAGCGCUGUAUAUAUGAGCACAGUCUAGUUGCCGCACACCGUCGCUUUGCCUCUAUCCCUUUCGACGAUGUCUGCUGCCCAAUCGCCCGCGAAGAUGCCUCGCACGAAGUCUCCCUCUCCGCCCAUCGCCGACGCGACGAGUGACGCUUCGCAUGCAGCGCCUGCGACUACAUCUGCUGCCCAGCAGUUCACCGACGAGACAUGGGCGGUGAUCAUGUCGCACUGCUCGGUCUUCGACUUGUUCUGCCUGCGCGACGCUUGCCACCUCUUCCGGACGAUGGUCGACAAGGAGAUGCUCCAGAACGCCCUCAGCGAUGCUGGCUUGAGCCACCUCUGCAACAUCACCGAUGAAGCGAGGGCUUAUCUGCCUGUGGCAUUGCGAGACCUAACCACGUUCAUGAAGAUGCUUUGCGUGGGGCCGUGCUCGGUCUGUGGCAUUUGGACGGCGCAGCCACCCGCCUCCAGCGACCUGAAGAUUCGGUUGUGUGGCAACGAGGACUGCGCCAAGUUCAUGUACUCCACGGAGAUGACGCGCGGCUGGAACGACCUUCCAACGUGCAUCACGUACGGCACCUUCGAGCCCGACGUCGAGGAGGGCCCGCUGCCGAAGCUGGCCAUGUUCUGGCAGGCACGCAUGCUGCGGGACCUCAGCCCCUACGUGGACGGGUGGCCUCUCCCCAUCAACGACAUCCUCAUGGGCGGACCCAACUGCAGGUUCGUCCUGAAGGACCGUCGCCGGGCGGAGAAGGAGCUCGCCCAGAUCGGCUGGAAGAGCGAUGCCGAAGACCCGGACGACCUCGUCGGGAGCAGCGACAACUUCGUCCAAGCUUUCUGUUGCCAGGAUGAAUAUAUGUGGCGAUGUGCGCGCCACCGAACUACAAUGAUCGUCUACAACGACUACGUUACAUGGAGGGUGGCCAAUCUGCAGAAGAGCACGGAGGUCCGCGAGAAGAACCUCCAGACACUCUGCGCCCGCGCAAAGUUUCUGAACAAGGACUACGACCCCGACCAUCCCUUUACGCAGCGUAUUCUGGCGGCGCACGCGCGCGAUGGCUCGCUUAUGCUCACCCCCGCGGUCGACUGCCUCUUCUCUCCUCCCGAGACGCCCAAGAUGCCCUACGACGCCGAGUUCGAUCAUCCAGAUCAGGCAGAGACGCCAUACCCUCUCCCUCGCUGCUUCGUGCCGUUCAUGGACAGGGAGCGGCCCAAGAAGUCUGCCGCGGACUGGUUUGCGAUGGCGAAGCCCAAGAAGAACUCGACGCCUAAAGCCAAGGCUGAGGCGAAGCCCGUGCCUGCGCCCGAAGUGCCUGCCGUCGCUGCUCAGAGCGACAACGUCGCUGGUCCGGCCAGCUCUCCCGGUGGAAGCCUCGUACCCGGCAGCAGCGCGGGCACUAAGGCUGCUCCCGCUCGAUCUGCCAAGUCAGGUCGCAAAUCCACCAAGGCAUCGCGUCGCGCGACCCAGGCCACCGAGCGUAAGAAUUGCUCGUUGUGCAAGGAUAUGACAUUCUCCAGCCAAGCCGAGCUAAUCAAGCACCAGAGCGAAGCGCAUGCGUCGACCUCUGCGUAGCGUGCAUGCAAGCAACCUCUCGAAGUAUGUUAGACACGAAAUUUGUAAAUUUCUGGAAUACUAUGCUACUCUUAGCCUCUCGCUCGACGGCCUGCGCCACUUGGAUU